AUGCUGGAAUUGAAGGUACGCAAGAGUUUUCCCGAUUUCACGCUGGAGUGUGAGGCGGUUUUCGGCGAUGGCGUUACGGCGAUAUUCGGGCCGUCGGGGAGCGGCAAAUCAACGCUGCUGAACUCGAUUGCGGGGCUGGUGCGUCCGGAUGAAGGGGAGAUCAGAUUUGAGGGGGAGUCGCUGUACUCGUCGGGUGAGGGUGCGUAUGUGCCGCCGGAGAAGCGGCGUUUCGGGUAUGUGUUUCAGGACUCGGCGCUGUUUCCGCACAUGAGCGUGGCGGAGAAUAUCCACUUCGGAUACAAGCUGACCACGAGGGAGGACAGGCGGAUAGAGCCUUCGCAUCUUGUGGAAUUGCUGCAACUCGAACGCCUGAUGGAGCGGAGUGUGGGCAACCUGUCGGGCGGGGAGCGGCAACGUGUUGCGCUUGCGAGGGCGUUGGCGACUUCCCCGCGCCUGCUGCUGCUGGACGAGCCUUUGGCAUCGCUGGACGGCGGGCUGCGCGGGGUGAUACUCGGCUAUCUGAAGCGGAUACGGCGCGAGUUGGGGACUUCCAUGGUGUAUGUGUCGCACUCCAUAUCUGAAGUUAUGGCGCUUGCGGACAAUGCGCUGGCGCUGCGAGACGGCAGGGCGGUUGCCUACGGUCGGGCAUCGGAGACGCUUCUGAUGCCGGAGGUGUCGGCUUUCGCGCAGUUCGACACGCUGGAGAAUCUGUUGGAAGCGAGGGUCGCGCGACGGUAUGGCGAGGAGGACAUCGCGGAGCUUGAGAUCGGGGAUGCGCGUGUGGUUGCGGCAGGUGUGCGGCGCGGUGAGGGCGAAUCUCUGACGGUGUCGAUACGUGCGGGGGACAUCAUCGUGUCGCGGCAGAUUCCGCCACAAACGAGCGCGCGCAAUGCCAUACGGGCGCGGGUGUCGGGGAUACACACGGUAGAUUCGCUGGUGCUGGUGUAUGCGGAUAUCGGAACGCGGGUUGCUGUGGAGAUUACGCCGAACUCGCUGGAGACGCUGGCGCUUCGUGAGGGAGCGGAGAUUUAUCUCAUCUUCAAGGCGAACAGCGUGAUACCUCUGGAUGUAGUCAGUGAAACGGAGAGCUUGAUGGCAGUUGAUAUGGUUGCAGAGACGGGUACUUUCAGGGUGAAGUCAGGGUUGGCGCAGAUGCUGAAGGGCGGCGUGAUUAUGGACGUCGUGACCGCAGAGCAUGCGAAGAUUGCGGAGGACGCGGGGGCUGUCGCGGUGAUGGCGCUGGAGCGCGUACCUUCCGACAUUCGGAGCGCGGGCGGUGUCGCGCGUAUGUCGGACCCGUCCAUGAUUGCGGAGAUUAUAGACGCGGUAACGAUUCCGGUGAUGGCGAAGGCGCGCAUCGGUCAUUUCGUGGAGGCUCAGAUUCUUGAGGCGCUUGGCGUGGACUACGUAGACGAGUCCGAGGUGCUGACGCCCGCCGACGAGAAUAACCACAUUAACAAGCACGACUUCAGCGUGCCUUUCGUGUGCGGCUGUCGCGACCUUGGAGAGGCCCUGCGCCGCAUCGGUGAGGGCGCGGCGAUGAUUCGCACCAAGGGCGAGGCCGGCACGGGCAACAUUGUGGAAGCGGUCCGCCAUGCGCGCCAGGUGAUAGGCGAGAUACGCCGCAUCCAGAAUAUGACCGGCGACGAGCUUAUGGCGACGGCAAGAGACCUGCGCGCUCCAUACGAACUUGUGCGAGAGAUUCACGAGACGGGCAAUUUGCCUGUGGUCAACUUUGCGGCGGGCGGCAUCGCUUCACCCGCGGAUGCGGCGCUGAUGAUGCAGCUUGGCGUUGACGGCGUGUUCGUCGGUUCAGGCAUAUUCAAGUCCGAAUACCCGCAGAUAAUGGCGGAAGCCAUCGUGAAGGCGACCACGCACUACAACGACCCGCAGAUUCUGGCGGAGGUGUCCAGAGGAUUGGGCGUGGCGAUGCCGGGCCUGGAUAUUCGCACCAUGCCCGAAGAGGAGCAGCUUGCGACGCGAGGCUGGUAA